AGAGAGAGAGAGAGGGAGAGAGUUAAAUGGGCUAGCUGCAGUUGUCCUCCAGUGCUUCAAUGCCCUACUGUUCUUUUUCCCGGCUGGACUGCAUGUGUGCCCCUUACAAGGUGCAUCAGUAAGAGUGUAUGUACAGUAUGUGUGAAAGGGUGCAUGUGUGUGUCUGAUCAGUAUUGAGACCAGAGCAGUACGGAUUUUUGUGCAGCCCAUUCUGUGUGCUGAUGCCCUCUGCUUCUCUGAACAGGACACACAGAUUUACCUGCGCAAUAGAGGGCAUCUCAGAGAACAACUGAACAACCAUAACACUAAACCAGAUGUUGUAGAAACAUUGUUCCAGCAUGGCAUAUACUUGCAGAAAUCUCAGACUUAGAGAGGCCUAAGAUUUCCCUUUAAAAAGAGGAACCUCAAGUUUGAUGUUAGGAACCGCUAACACAAACUGAUCUAGGGUGCAGUUGUGAAGAAGCAAGAUUGAGGCUUCUUGAAGCAAAAGGACUCAUAGGAAACUGCCAAAACUAGAAGUGAACCACUGAAGAAGGCUGGUGGACGUGAGAAAAAGUGUGCAGGAUGGAGGCACAGAACAGAGGGCGUCCAAGAGGAGGAGGAACCCCCUCAGAAAUAACCUUGUCCUGUUUUCUGCUUAUACUUAUCAUUGGUGUGUGUUGUGUGCAUGCUCUGGAGAUGUCAACUGGAAAGAUUCCAUUUUUGGAAGCGGUGAACGGCAGCACGGUUCUCAUUCCCUGCACCUAUGCCAGCUGUAUUGGAAUCAAGAACCUCUACUUCAAAUGGGAGUUCAAUGAUAAUGGCACCAUGCAGAAGGUGGCUGACUCUGUGAUUCCAAUGGAUAAUGUGGAGCCAUCUAAAGUGAACAUUUAUCGUGAGAGGGUGGAGUAUGUUGGCUCCAGCAAACUAAAUAAUAUCUCCUUUCUACUUUGGAAUGUAACAUUCGAGGAUGCAGGCGUCUACACGUGCUUUGGCAAAAACCCCAAAGAGAAGGACAAAAAUCACAGUGCCAUUUUCACUCUAUACGUCGUAGAGGAAUUAAGGGUGGUUGAUAACACACUCACCAUCAUCAUUGCCUCCUGUGUCGGCGGUUUCAUCGGUUUUUUAAUGGCCUUCAUGCUGAUAAAGAACUUCACUCUGUUUGUUCUCGCAAAGCUUGAGGAAAAAAAUAAGGAGUGCCUUGUCACCUCCUCAGGGAUUGAUAACACAGAGAAUGGUCUGUCGGGUUCCAAAACUACACCAAAGAAAGCAUGAGAGUGCACACAAACACAUUCACAUGGAAACAUGGAUCAGCCAUCAUGUUGUGCCCUCUCGGUUUAUUCACAUCUGCGUUUGCAAAUGCGAUAUGUAAUCAUUUAUUUAGGUUUUGUGAUAAAGAGUAACUAUAGCAUUAAACUAAAUGUAAAAAUGUGUAUAUCUAACAUUUCUGUGGAUGGUACUCAGUUCACAUGAUUUAUUUUAACUUGAUUCAUUUAAUUUUGUUGACUCAAAAACACAGAUAUGAAUGAAAAGAGGGGGCCUCAUGCAUCUCUUUAUUUUAUUUUAUGUAUGCAUUUAAAUACGCACCACCCACAUGCAGCCUCAUGCAGUAUAGUUUACCAGCCUACACCAAACCUGUGGACUGUAUUUCUUCUGAUAAAAAAACAACAACAACAAAAAAACAAUCAAGCUAUUUUAUUUAUUUUCUUCCAAUAAUGCUACAGACAGUGAUAAACAAGCUGUUCCAUUCAUUUAGUUCACUGAACUGGACUGUAAACUUGUGGAUAAUCCCGGCCUGAAAUAGUUCAGAAAUUAGAGCAGGUGAGGCAACACUUCAUUAAGAUCAGAGCUGAUACUAGAAUCCUUUUUGGGAUUAAGAUUUGCAGCUUGAUUUAAUUAAGUCUUAUGAUUUGCACAAGUUUAGAUUCACUGCCAAUUGAUUUUUAUAGUGAUUUCUUGUGUUAAUACAAAUGCAGUCCUCUUUGUCAAAUGGCCAUAAACUUUUAUUUGUGUAAAGAACUUAAAACAAGGUCUCUUGAAGAAAGAUUUGCACAGCAGUUGUAAGGUCAUUUGUUGAGAGGGCAUUAUGUUUAACUUGUGACAGAGACAGACUCAUAGCUGGCUAAAGAAACUGGAUGUAUUAAUGCAGUAGUUCUGGACAAAGCAAAAUAGUUGUUUUUGUAUUGGGAGAAUUAGGCCUUAAUGUAAAAGUUUUGAGUCCAGUUCAACAGAAACCUCAUUACUAUAUUUGCUUCAAAAUUAAACACAUGUGCCUGUAAACGCUUCUGUCGCCACCUAUUGGUGAGAAGGACUGAACAAUGCAAAACAAGUAGCAAAAAACUGAGAAAAAGUAAUCGCUGCAAAAUAGUAAAAGCCACCAAACCCUUAGUAAAUACAAGCUAAUGAAUGAUACUUGACAAUCCUUAGAAAUCAGUGUCCCCUUAGUCAAUAUCCUGCAUGAAGCACUGAAAAUGCUGCUUAAAAAAAUUUCCAAUGCACUAUAGCAUGUUUAAUGGCCAGAAUUCUUAGGGAUAAAAGGCUGACUAUAACCGUAGAGGCAUUAUAUAUAAACGCUUUUUAUUGGAAUUUUAAAACAAAAGUCACAUACUGAACAUAAUUAGCAUCGGCUUUGAAACAGAAAAUUGCUCGGUUAAUUUCCAUGCUAAACAAAAUAUGAAUACCAAAAAUACAAAUAAAAAUAUAAAAACUUAAGAUGCAAACUUUGACCUGUUAACCAUACAAUUCACUCUGUGUUAUGAUGAAAAUUAAAUAUUUAAAGGCAAUAAGAUCAUAAUCAUACAACCAUGGUAUACAAUGAAUUAAAGUAUAACAAUAUAUAUCUCAUGUAAAUACAGAUCUUAUAGCAAAAUGUCUCACAGGUUUUCUAAAAAGUUUAACUAAUAAGCAUUUCAAACAUUCACUCAUUCAUUUAUGCAAUUCAGUGGAGACUGGAGAAGGGACUGACAUCAACCAAGUCAGGUGAGGUCUGUUUCUUUAAAGGAGAUUAAUAAAAUAAAUAAGUAAAUUGCCCAAAUAAUAUUUUAUUGACAGUAUUACAUGAGACAUGAGAACAGAGUACACUUCUAAAUGUCUGAUAGCAGAUUAUCCCAUUAUAUUAGAAAAUGUCUUUAAUUUUAAAUAUAAUAUUUGAUGACAAAAUAAAAUAUUUUAAGGAAGUUGUAGAUACAGUUUACAAAUUAGGGAUAUACAAACAAAUCUACCGCACAAAUCUACUGAUCUACCACAUUUUAAAGGGCCUUCCCUGAGGUAUGCCUGAUCUUACCAAAUGCCAGCAAAGAUUUGCAGGCAUCUGGAUUUUGCUUGUAGAGCUCAAUGCAAAUUCUCAAGUUUUUGGUUAUAAUAUGAAUUGCUAUAGAUUCGUUUAGUAUAUGGUGCACAAAAAUCAGUCUACGAGAAGUUUGGUAAAUCUGCAUUUGGACCUGAAAUACAAUACAAUGGAUACAGUAUCCAGCAGCUCUUUUCUCAUACCCCUCGAUUAUUAUCUCAUAUGCAAUACUCUUAAUAAUGGAGAGACAAUUGUGAUUGUUACAUACAGAAUGUUUAGUUUAUUCCAUUUUGAAACUGUAUAUUUUAUUUUUUGUUGAGGUGCUGUAGUUGAGGUGAUUGCAAUUAUGUUUGCUAGAUGAUAGGUAGAAUGUAACCAUAAUAAGUGGGAACUCAAGAAUUUAAUCAUGGCUAAAUUUUAGAUUUGUGAAUCUAAAUAAUCUGCAGAAGUUAAAUUUGAAUCAUUUGAGUAUAUAGCUUUGAUGUAAAAUUUCAUCCUCAGUUGUUGUAUUUUUUUAUAUUGUGAUAGCAAUACAAGCAAUACACAUUUAGAGGGCUCUUUAGCUUCAUUUAACUGGAGAACUACAGUAUUGAGAAGUUACAUCCAUAAAUUUCAAAGCAAUCAAUAUCCUACCUCUUAUCAAACACUUUCAAUCAUGAUGAACUUCCAUUUCAUAUUUUUAAGAUUUUAGAACAGUAGAGAUUUUCUCAGGUCAUUUAGUGAAAGGGUUGGGUGUUCGGUUAAUUUCUCAAUGAUCAGCAUUAUAAUGAGCAUUAGAAAAUUAGGGCUUUUUAAUUAUUAUCCCUUUUACUGUUUGAAUAUCUCUUAUACUGAUGCACUAUUUAAAUCAACAACAUAUCAGUUUUGGUUGGGUUAGCUUCUAUUUGUCAGGCUUGGCCAUAUUCGUGGAAUAAUUGUGAUUGUCACAGCACUUUAGACAACAAAAUGCUCAAGAAAAUAGUUUAGAAUUAUGCAGAAUGUAAAGAAUAUUUGCCAGAAUAAACAGGAUUCCCAUCUUGAGUAAUACAUGUCUUAUAACUCAAACAGGAUGUAAAUUAAAGAAGAAAGGUCACCUAGAGUGCAGAUCUGCCAACAUUUCUCCAACCAAAUCACAAGCUAAUAUCAUAUUAAGAGAGAUCGCAGGCAUGCACUUUGUGAUUUAUGUGAAUAUUUGUCGGUUACUGUAUCCCUCGUGUUGGUAUUGGACUUCCAGCAAAUUUUAAUCUAGUUUCUGUCUGUUAUGUCAGUCACAAACAUGUGUUUUAAGUAACCAACAGAUCUAAAAUUAAAUCCCU